CUUCGCGAGAAGCGUAGCAGCAGAUAACUUUUGCGUCGUUGAAGAUCGCACGUUUCGACAGAUAACGUUGUAUUUAUUUUCACUAUGGUGUUAUAUUAUAUUUUAGUAGCUUUUAUAACUAUAACAAUAUGCAGUGUGCAUUAUUUUCUAUCCAAAAACCACGAUUACUGGAAGAAGAGGAAAGUGCCGUUCCUUAACCCUUCGCUGCUGUUUGGAAACUACAAGGAAACCAUUUUGUUACAAAAACAUCAAACAAUGGUUGCGUAUGACAUCUGCAAACAAUUUCCCAAGGAGCCGUAUAUUGGGACGUUCUUCGGUACCGCCCCAGCGCUUCUUAUUACGGAUCCCGAUUUAGUUAAGCUGGUCUUCACCACAGACUACUAUUACUUCAGCGCCAGAGAAGUGAACGAUCAUACGAGCAAGGAACCAAUAACAAACAACAUAUUUUUCAGUGGUGGUGAUAAAUGGAAAAUACAACGGCAAAAUCUCAGUCCUCUAUAUUCUGCGGCGAAAGUAAAAGGUAUGUUCCAUAUAAUAAAAAGCUGCGCCAAUCAACUCGAGACCCUUCUAGAAGAAGAGACAAGGAACGGGUCAGCUGUUGACGUGAAAACUUUGCUGGCGAUGUACACAAUAGACAUCGUAACGAGCUGCGCAUUUGGAAUAAAUUGUAAUUCAAUGAAUAAAAACGCAGACACUAGUGCUAACCCUUUUAUAGUGCUGCGUGACAAAAUAUUCGACACGUCAAAAUUCGUGGGAGUCAGACUAUAUUUUAGGCAAAUGUGGCCUACAUUAUUCUAUGCAUUGGGAUUGUCUUUAUUCGACAAGAAUCUAUACCAUUUCUUCCGUAGCAUACUGACAGCGGUAUUUGCAUCGAGAGAGAAGACGCAAUCGUCCACUAACGAUUUUGUUGAUCUAAUACUAACGUGGAAGAAAUCUAAAGUUUUAACUGGUGACAGUUUGAGCAAUGAGAAAACUGGUGGCAAGAAGACAAUUACCUUAGAAGUCAACGAUGAACUGUUGGUCAGUCAGUGUAUUGGACUCUUUGCAGCCGGUUUUGAAACUACUUCCACGACUUUGAGUUUCGUUCUGUACGAAAUAGCGAAGAACCAGGAUGUUCAGUUGAAAGUGAUAAAAGAGGUGGAUUCUUAUUUUGAGAAGAAUGAUACAAUUCAAUAUGAGUGUGUUAAUGAGCUGCCGUAUAUUACUGCCUGUAUUGACGAAACUCUACGACUCUAUCCAGUGCUUGGACUAAUAGCACGAGAAGUUAUGGAUGACUACACUUUGCCGACAGGUUUGCGUUUACAGAAACGAGAUCGUGUUCACAUACCCAUAUAUUAUAUUCACCACAACCCGGAUCACUUCCCUGAACCAGAAGUAUACAGACCAGAGCGCUUUUAUGGCGAUGCUAAAAAGGAUGUCAAACCGUACACCUUCUUCCCAUUCGGUGAAGGAGCAAGGCUAUGUUUAGGUAUGAGAUUUUCAAAGAUGCCGAUGAACGCCGCCCUUCUAACGAUAUUUAGGAACUAUCGUGUUGAACUCGCAGAGGACAUGCCUACUAGUAUUCCGUUCACGAUGUAUUCACUUGUCACCACUUCAGCUAUUCCGAUAAAGCUUAAAUUAAUACCACGGAAAGCCUAAAGGCACGUCUUUUUUAGGGUUCCGUAUGUACGUAACUACGUACCUACAACACUUGUCGGUACGUCAUUUGGAUAUAGUCAGGACUCCGAAGGCAGAUAACCGAACCAGACGAGACCAGAGUCAAUUUAGAAAAUUAACACUAGCUGCAUAUCGAAUCCCAUUAUCUCUUAAAUUACCUCUAUUUUGAAGCUAAUGCAUUGAGAAUAUAAAAACUUGGAGUUAAACAUAUUUAUUAAUGUUAUAAAUAAAAAAAUAAUAGAUAAAAAAAACUUUUACAAGAAUGUAUACUCGCGUUCCCAAGUAAUAUUAAGAUAUACAAAAAAUAUUAAAAGGAAGUAAAAUUAACAGUGUUCUUCGAACAGUGCAUGUUGCCAGUGGUGACCCAUGGCCAUGGUUCCGAGACUUGGUAAGAAGGCUCAGAGUCACUCAGCGGGCGAUGGAACGAGCUCUUCUCGGAGUGUCCCUGCGUGAUCGAAUCAAAUAUGAGGAGAUCCGUAGAAGAACCAAAGUCACUGACAUAGCUCAACGAGUCUCGAAUCUGAAGUGGCAAUGGGCGGGACACUUAGUUCGAAGAGCCGAUGGACGUCGAGGUCCCAAGGUGCUGGAAUGGCAACCGCGCACUAGAAAUUCCAGUGUUCGUCGACCCCACACCAGGUGCACUGACGAAACCAAGCGAGUCGCAGGAAUUCGCUGGAUGCAGGCGGCUCUGGAUCGUGAUUGGAAGUCCCUACAAAAGGCCUAUAUCCUGCUGUGGACGUCCAUCGGCUGAUAUGAUGAAGUUGAAUUAAAAUUACAUAUUAAGUAUACCUAUUACAUUACAAAAAUACACACACACAUUGCAAAAAUAAAUAAUUUUUAUACACGUUGCUUUGCUUAUAACUUGUACAUAUGUUUUCUGUGCUUAUACUAAUAUAUUACAUAUUUGCUUA